AAAUGAUACCAACACAAGGUGUUUGUGGACUGCAAUGUUUCCCAGUGAAGCCUUUAAUAAAUCCCGACUGGAAAACAAUGGAAGUGCAUUUGUUGGAGUUCUGCGGUUCACUAACAUGGGGAAUAAAAAUCAAACUAUAAAUUACACCAUUCUGAACAAUGAGGUUUAUGGAAUAACAAUGGGAGCCAAUAUCGCCAACCUCACCAACAACAUUGAAAUAACCUUUACUAAUAAUGAUCUGGUUGGUGGUCCAUCCUGCACUUCUUGGAAUGGCAAAGGGAAUCUUGAGUGGACAACGUUUGGUUGUGAGACAAAACAAAUCAACAGUAACAGCAUAAAGUGUUCGUGUUCACAUCUGACGUUCUUCGCAGUGCUGAUGUCUGUGCCAGAUGCAAAUGCUGUAGCGCCAUAUCUGGAGUCACUGACCCUCAUCUCUGCUAUUGGCUGUGGGAUCUCUGUGUUUUUUCUGGCCAUCGCUCUGUUCAUGCAUUUCCUGCUGAGGUAGAGUCUAUUAAAGCACAACAUAAAUAUUAAACUGUUU